UCGAUCGCACGUGGGGCCGAAACACCUGCCCGGCGCCCUCCCCCGGCGGUCACAACUGCGCCACGUCGGCCGGUCGGCACGAACUGCUCUGGGACGCUGAAGUCGCGAGAGCCGACGAAAUCGAAGGGGAUUUUUCGCUUUCAUUCGUCACGUUGUCAUGGUAACGUGCUGAGUCCGACUGUCAACAAAGCGAUGCUACUUGCAAACAUGGACGUCCGGCGGGCGUUCCCGAUCCUCGCCGCGCUGCUCGUCUGCGCCUCGGGAUCACGGGUGGAGCUGGUCAACAACGGCUACAGCGGCCUCGUGAUCGGCAUCGACGACAAGGUGGACGUCCUGCAGUGCCACGACCUGCUGGGGAACCUGCAGACGCUGAUCAACAACGCGUCGUCCUACCUGUACACGGCGACCAAUCAGCGGGCGUUCUUCAGUGACGUGACGGUCGUGGUGCCCAGUUCGUGGCCCCGCAGCUGCACGGGCGCCGACCCGCCGGGUCAGGCCACCACCGAGAGCUACCUGACCUCUGACCUGCGGGUCAGCACCGCUCACCCCGUGUACGGCUCGGCCCCCUGGACCCACCAGUCUGGCCUGUGCGGUCAGCCCGGCGCCUUCGUCCAGUUCGCCGCCGGCUAUGUGGCCUCGGGCGAUAACCGCACCUUUGGGGACCAAGCCCGCGUUCUGGUGCACGAGUGGGCCAAGUACCGGUGGGGCGUGUUCGAGGAGUUCGGGUACGCGGAGGACCCUCUGUACCCGUCGUUCUACCAGCAGACGGCCGGCCAGUGGCGCCCCUCCGGCUGCUCGGACGGCGCCGUCGCCGGCUCCGUCUCACCGUCGGGCUGCGAGGAGAGCUCCAACACGUGCACCUUCGUGCCGUUCAUGAACGCCAGCAACGCGGCCGUCACCUCGUCCAUCAUGUACAUGCAGGCGCUCAGUCAGGUGAAGAACUUUUGCGACGACGGCAACCACAUCAAGGCUGCUCCGACGAAACACAACAUGCUCUGCAACGAGAGCUCGGUGUGGGAGGUGAUGCAGGAGCACAAGGACUUUCGCAACGGCAGCAACCCGCCGAACGCCAACUCCACCAUCCCGCGAGUGGACUUCAGGGUCGUCAAAGCCAGCACGGACCGCUUCUUCUUCCUGCUGGAGAGCACGGCCACGAUGCGGCAGCAGGAGCGCUGGGACUUCGUCAGCAGCUCCAUCCGCAAGUUCGUCAACUGGGACGUGCCGACGGGGAUCCAGGUGGGCAUCGGCCACUUCGGCGCCGACUACCGCACCGACCGCAACCUCACGACCGUGCCAAACUCACUGAUGGGACGCGGAGAGCUGGCCAACCUGCCGCCCAUCGCCGACGACGUGAUGGAGGCCUACAAGAGUUGGACGACGGCCAUCGACGGCGCGCUGGCGGCGCUGGGGCGGAUGGCGGCCGGCGCGACCAUCAUCUGGGUCACCGGCAACCAGGAGAGCAGCCGCAACCAGCCGACAGCCGCAGACGUCGACUACAUGAUCGCCGCCCUCAACGCUAGACAUGCUCGCCUGGUGGUGGUGUUCUACCCGACCGUGACGCCCGGCCUGGCGCGCGUCGCCAUGGAGACGGGCGGUGACGUCAUCUCAGUGGAGGACGUGCGCCUCGGCGAUCAGACCAGCAUCACGGUGUUCCACUCGCUGGCGGCCGCCUACGUCUACACCCUGGACAAGUACAUCGCGGACAAGCGGCUGGCGCGGGUGCAGGUGGAGGACCGCCAGUUCGUGGGCAACGGUCAGCACGCGCGCGGCAGCUUCCUCAUCGACACCACGCUAGGCGUGAACACGACGCUGACGGUGCUGUACAAUACGCGCAGCGAGAUCGGCUACGUGAAGCUGCGACCGCCCGGCGGACAGCUGAACACGGUGUACACGUACCCGGACAGCACCAACCACCUGCAGUACGCGCCCAUCGCGCAGACGCAAGGGCGGUGGGAGUACGAGAUCGACAACAUGGCUCCGUCGCACAGCAGCAUCUUUGUCCAGGUGACGUCCUCGUCGGCGUCCUCGGAGGACACAGUCCGCACCGAGGUGUGGACCAACAUGGACCGGACCGGCUCGCUCAACGCCACGGAGCGACCGCUCAUCAUCUACGCGUCGGUGGUGCGCGGCCACGCCCCUGUGCUCGACGCCGAGGUGUACGCUGUGGUGACACGCGCCGACGGCCAGAGUGUCCGGGUCCAGCUGCUCGACAACGGACUUGGAGUGCCGGACAUUUUGCACGGCGACGGCAUCUACUCGCGCUACUUCACCGACUUCGGCUCCCUGACGCCGGCCAGUCAGCUGUUCAUCGUGCGUGUGGAGGUGGGCGGGUCGCGGGCCCGCGUGGUGACCGGCCGUGACCUGACCCAGCCGCGGGCCAUCCCGGUCAACGGCCAGGUGCCGUGCUGCGGCUCCACCAUCGGCAACGUGACCUCGGUGCCGGUGAACGGCUUGCGGAGGUCAGCAUCCGGCGGCGGUAUUCUCGUCUUCGGGAGCACUGACCAGCAGGCGGACGUCUACCCGCCCAACCGGGUCACCGAUCUGCGGGCCGAGACGGACGCCGCCGAGCAGACCAUCACGUUCAGCUGGUCAGCCCCCGGCGACGACUACGACAAGCCCGACACCAGAGUGUCGCACUACGAGGUGCGCUUCUCGGAGAGCCGAGCGCAGCUGCGGGACCACUUCACCGACUGCACCAGCGUGCCCCACUGGAGCCAGCCCGAGCCGGCCGGCACGCCCAGCCUCGCCGUCAUCGACUUCCACACCGUCGACAAGCUGCUUUUCUUCGCCAUCCGCGGCGUGGACGAGGCCGGCAACGUGGCGCGCAUCUCCAAUGUGGUGGCGCUGGUGCUGCCUCCGCCGCCACCGACAUUAUCUCCGCCGCCACCCACGGGCACCACGGCCCCCAUACAGCCUUCGCCGCCGCCUUUCGACGACCACCUGCUACUGAUCGUGCUGCUGUGCGUGGCAGGCGUGAUCCUGCUGAUCGUGCUGCUGGCGCUGUACUACUUCUUCUGCUACCGGCGCAGGAAGCCGGACCCGGGCGCCGGCGCGUCGCGGCACAUCACCACAGUGACGGUGCCCACCGUGGAGAGUCGCGAGCCCACGCCCGUCAAGAUCGCCUACGACCUGGAGAAGGAGAAGGCCGUGCAGACGAUCUCGGACGGGCAGACACCGAGCAUGUGGACCGCCUCGGACAUCCUGGACACGCGGGACCGCCGCCACAGUCCUGACGACAGCUUCAGCAACUACGCCAGCGGCCAGCCGCUGAACGCGAGCCAGCUGGGUACCGGCCGCGCGCGCUACAACAGCUACCAGACGCCGUUCGUGGAGGACAUGCCGUACGACGGCCGCUCGCUGGUCAGCACACAGCCCUCGGACUCAUUCAUGUCGCUCACCUCCGACCCGCGCCACCGCAACAACAACACGCUGUCGGAGGGCGAGCCGGCCGGCUGGCCGAGCGACAAGGACUCGCUGGUGCAGGCGCAGCGCGUGCGCGGCGGCCGGCUGCCGCCUCCGACGCUGCCCAAGCCGCGGCUCCACCCGGCCGACGGCAGCCAGCACGGCUCGCGCGCCUCCGUGGCCGGCGACAGGCGGCAGAGGAAUGUAACUCAAGUGUAGGCUCGCCGCGGGACGCCCCAGCGCGGUGGUUGUCGGAACUGAGCGGCCCUCGGACUCGUGCGUGGACGCUGAGCAUGGGGAGCCAGCCGGGCCUCCUAGUGAGUCCAGAGGUCGCCAGUGUCCCGCGUCCUUGUGACCGAGGCGGCUCGCGCACUGGCUGCGUGGCGAGAGCUCGUCUCGCGUGUUUUCUAGAUUGUGUUGGCUGUGAACCGGUUACCCGCGCGCGCGGCGGAGGGCCGCGGGGCUUGUACUGUCAGUGUUCGCAGUGUCUGUUUAGCUGUAAGGUCGUGCACGCAAUGUAAUUAGCCACUUUUCACGCGAUUUUGUACCUAGGUGGAAAAGAUUAUCCGCGUACGCAUCAUCUAGUCACAAUGUACUGCCCAAUAAACGUCACCCGCCA